AUGCGGGUACAGUCUCUUCUCCGGGCGCAAUCGCUCGCCACAAGCAGUCUUCGCUGUUCUGCUCGAUCGGCCACAAAAGCGCCUGCACGAUGCGCUCUCUCGACCAUUGCCGCCUCGCGCACCCCAUACACCAAUGGCUUGAAGACGGACACAUGGAUUGAAAGCCAGCGAACACAGCAGCAACGCAGAUGGAACUCGGUGGCGGCUCAAGUACUGGAACAGGCCAAAGAAGACCCAUCCACCUUGACCCAAGACAAGAUUGUUGAGAACCUAAACCCCGUCGAAUGGGAGCGCCUUUCACGAGUACGAAACAUCGGUAUCGCUGCGCACAUUGACUCGGGCAAGACCACCGCCACCGAGCGUGUUCUCUUUUACACUGGUCGAAUCAAUGCCAUACACGAAGUACGUGGUAAAGAUGCCGUGGGUGCCAAGAUGGACUCCAUGGAUCUUGAACGUGAAAAGGGUAUCACAAUUCAAUCUGCAGCCACCUUCUGUGACUGGAUCAAGAAGAACGACGAGGGAAAGGAAGAAAAGUACCACAUCAACUUGAUCGACACACCUGGCCAUAUCGACUUUACCAUUGAGGUGGAGAGGGCGCUGCGAGUCCUUGACGGAGCCGUCAUGAUUCUGUGUGCUGUCAGCGGUGUACAAAGUCAAACGAUUACAGUCGACAGGCAGAUGAGGCGGUACAACAUUCCUAGGAUAUCCUUUGUCAACAAGAUGGACCGAAUGGGCGCAAACCCCUGGAAGGCUGUGGAUCAAAUCAACCAAAAACUUCGGAUAGCAGCUGCGGCUCUUCAAGUGCCCAUCGGACGCGAGGAUGGCUUCAAGGGUGUGGUUGAUCUGGUCAGGAUGAAGGCUAUCUACAACGAAGGUUCCAAGGGUGAAGUCAUCAGGGAGACGGACGAAAUCCCAGAGGACAUUGUUGAGCUGUGCAAGGAGAAGAGGCAGAAGCUCAUCGAGACACUGGCGGAUGUGGACGAUGAGAUUGCAGAGAUCUUCUUGGACGAGCAGGAGCCCACCGUUGCCCAGAUCAAGGCUGCCAUUCGACGAGCUACCAUUUCUCUCAAGUUCACACCGGUCAUGAUGGGUUCUGCGCUCGCUGACAAGUCUGUACAACCGAUGCUUGACGCCGUAUGCGAUUAUCUGCCCAACCCCUCGGAAGUCGAGAAUAUGGCUUUGGACAAGAAGCGUGCGGAAGCCCCAGUCAAGCUGGUCUCAUACAACGAGUUGCCGUUUGUUGGUCUUGCAUUCAAGCUUGAAGAGAGCAGCUUCGGACAGUUGACAUAUAUUCGUGUGUACCAAGGCACACUGAAGAAGGGCAUGUACGUUUUCAACGCCAGGUCGGACAAGAAGGUCAGGAUUCCCAAGAUUGUGCGCAUGCACUCCAACGACAUGGAGGAAGUACCAGAGAUUGGCGCUGGAGAAAUCUGCGCUGUGUUUGGUGUCGACUGCGCAUCUGGUGACACCUUCACUGACGGCGGCCUCGGAUACACUAUGACCUCUAUGUUCGUUCCUGAGCCCGUCAUCUCGCUGUCGAUUAAGCCCAAGAACACCAAAGACACACCCAACUUCAGUAAAGCCAUGAACCGCUUCACGCGCGAGGACCCCACAUUCCGAGUACACACGGACCCUGAAUCGCAAGAAACAAUCAUUUCAGGUAUGGGUGAGCUCCAUUUGGAUAUUUACGUCGAGCGUAUGCGCCGUGAGUACCGCGUCGAAUGCGAGACUGGACAGCCACAAGUUGCGUACCGUGAAACUGUUACCAAGCGCGUCAACUUUGACCACACCUUGAAGAAGCAGAGUGGUGGAUCCGGAGACUAUGCGCGUGUCGUUGGAUGGUUGGAGCCGAGCGAAAACCUGACCGAAAACAAGUUCGAGCAGCAGAUUUCUGGUGGAACCAUUUCCGAAAAGUUCUUGUUUGCUUGCGAGAAGGGUUUCAUGGCUUCUACAGCCAAGGGGCCCCUUCUUGGUCACAAGGUCUUGGGUACUUCGAUGGUCAUCAACGAUGGUGCCACGCACGCUGUCGAUUCCUCGGAAAUGGCCUUUAAGAAUGCUACACAACAAGCUUUCCGCAAGGCCUUCAAGGAUGCUGCGCCCCAGGUUCUUGAGCCUCUCAUGAAGACUACAAUCACUGCGCCCAACGAGUUCCAGGGUUCCGUGGUCGGCCUCCUGAACAAGAGGAACGCUGUCAUCAACGACACUGAGAUUGGCCCCGAGGACUUUACUGUCUACGCUGACUGCAGUCUGAACAGCAUGUUUGGCUUCAGCAGUCAGCUGCGCGCUAGCACGCAGGGUAAGGGUGAGUUUAGCAUGGAGUUCAGUCACUACAGCCCUGCGCCACCGCAGCUGCAGAAGGAGCUUGUUGCCAAGUACGAGAAGGAGCAGAAGGACAGGAAUGCUUAA